CUGCGUUAACUUGAAGCUCAGCAGAGACGAAACUUAAAGCAGGAAGCAACAUAACAUCAAUGUCCCGCGUGGCAACACAUGUCGGUCAUGUGAACAGACAUGACACAAACGGCCCUCCUUAAAUUAUUUGUGGCAAUAGUGAUGGUGUUCAUUUUAAUUUUGCCAGAGUUUUUCAAGACAUCAGAAGAAAGAGUGUUGGAGCUAUCAUGUCUGGAUGUGUGUUUACAACCUAAUUUCACUUAUGCACUCUCGGACCUCAGUUUUUCUUUUGUAACUCUUCUGCAACCAGUUAGAGAAACUCCGAUUAUCAUGGGAAUCUUUCUAAAUCACUCUAAUUGUCAAAACUUCUCCAGAAUUUGCCAAGACAUCACAAGUGGAUUUAAAACAUGCUCUUCAUGUUUGGUUUGUAAGUCCAAAGGAAAUACGGAUUUUAUUUCUCAGGAACAAACAUCAAAAGUUUUUCUCAUGACAGGAUCAAUGGAAGUGAAAACAAAUGGUUUUCAUGCCCCUUGUCAACAUUUUAAUUUCACUGUGGCCCCUCUGGCUGAUCACGUGGAGGACUAUAACGCUACCUGUCAUCUGAAAUCCCACACUAGACACUCGUCAGUCCUGGAAGAAGAGCCAGCCAAGGAAAAAUCUGCAAACCAUUGUAGAAUUAUGGAAUACCUGAAUAAUUGUGUACAUGUUUCUUUGCACCUGGAAAUGGAUGUAAAAAAUGUCAUUCCUUCCACAAAGAUCACUUGGUAUGUUUUAGUUCUCUUAGUUUUUACAUUUUUGAUCAUCCUCAUUUUCUACAAAAUACUUGAAGGCCACAGGAGAGGGCAGAAGCGUCAGAGUCAUAAAUAUAAAACUACAUCUGUUCUCUUGAGAGGAGGUGAUUCUGAGAAGCUGAGAGCAUUGAAAGUGCGGGUUAUUUCAGUGAUGGAUUAUGGGCGGCAGUGA